AUGCUCUUUCGGCCGUUAUUUACCACAUUCUUCGUCCUCCUCCUCAGCUUCUCGGCUAGAGGCGCAUCUAUUGGCGCUCGGUCUGGGCAAAUUUCUGGACCUGACAAAGCUACAACUCAGACGAUAAUACAACCACAACCAGUCUACGAUGCGGCAUCAGCAAAUGCUCUUGCCCCGAGAGUUGAACAAGAUCAUGACACAAUACCCAGGCUCCACGAAACAACAAUAGACUGGAGAGAGGAUGGGUCUGAGUCUCUCAGACUAGAAUCAUUACGUGAGGCUGGGUUCCUUCCGAGUUCGUAUCAUGAAAGUGAUGACCCAUUACCGCAGUUUUGGCCUUUAUUCAAAGUCUGCAUUGUUUCAGCAAUAGCGAUUUGUAUUCUCAAAAUAAUCCGGGACUUGAAAAGAUAG